CCUCGCGCCCAACUCUCCUGAAUGACAUCAUUUGAGUGGAACAGAUUGAGCAGUGGUCGAACGCGGUUGGAGACGGAGGGGACGGCGAGGAUGCUACCGCAUUUUACAGCGGAGUUAGAAGAAAGGCGUGUUUUGAGCUGCUGUGAUUAUUUUUGCUGGAUAAAUCAAACGUAUACGGAGAUGCCAGGCGUGCGGAAUGCAAUUUACCUUCGCACCACCACGCUUUAAUGUCCCAAAUGAAUGGAAGCGGACGUCCUGGGGGGAAAUAAAAAAUAAAAUGAUGUGAGCAGCUGAGCGAAAGUGAAUGCUGCCUCGACGGUCGCCUCAAAAGAACAAGAAACUUCCGGAAGGUUCCAUUUUCUGCGCCAUGCCCGUCCAUCAGAUCUCGGUGGUGCCCGCCAGAGAGACCGCCAGCAAUGGGAGGAACUCCGGCAGAAACAGAGAGAAGAGCAAGGAAGCAGAGAGCGAGAAGCCUCCCAGGCGUUCGGGGAGUCGAUCCAGCAACAUCUCCAAGGCGAGCAGUUCUACGACGGGACUGGGACACACCAGCGUUUCUCGGACGUCUGUGACUCCCUCCUCUCAGGACAUUUGCAGGAUCUGCCACUGCGAGGGGGAUGAGGACUGCCCCCUCAUCACGCCCUGCCGCUGCACGGGCAGCCUGCGCUUCGUGCACCAGGGCUGCCUGCACCAGUGGAUCAAGAGCUCCGACACGCGCUGCUGCGAGCUCUGCAAGUACGACUUCAUCAUGCAGACGCAGCUGAAGCCGCUGCGCAAGUGGGAGAAACUCCAGAUGUCCGCGAGCGAGAGGAGGAAGAUCAUCUGCUCCGUCACCUUCCACAUCAUCGCCGUCACCUGCGUGGUGUGGUCCCUCUACGUUCUAAUCGACAGAACGGCCGAGGAGAUCAAGCAAGGAAAAGAAAACGGCGUGUUGGAGUGGCCGUUCUGGACGAAGCUCAUCGUCGUGGCGAUCGGCUUCACGGGCGGGCUGAUCUUCAUGUACAUUCAGUGCAAGGUCUAUCUCCAGCUCUGGCGACGGCUGAAGGCCUUCAACCGGAUCAUAUUUGUGCAGAACUGCCCGGACACUGUCAAAAAAGGGGAGGAGAAGACCGCCCCCCUCACACAGAACAACGGGAAGCACGACACGGUCGAGGUGCCGGCGUGUCAGAUGGAAACGAACUCUCACAGACCAGCAGGGGGCGGCGUCGUCCCCCCCGAAGUCGCUCCUGUCUGACCCGGCUGCAGACAGCCAGUACCCGCUUAUGUCUUGUCUGUUUCUUCGAGAUGUGAAGUGUUUUGAAGUGCACAGCUAUUCAGACAAAAAAAAAAAAAACACUUCAGAUGACCCCAGUGGAGAAACGGCGCCCGUAUGAAAUGUUUCCAGGAAAACACAGAAACGCCCCCCCCUCCCCUCCCCCCCACCCUUAAUUCUUGAAAGAAAUUAGACGUGUCACGAUAGUUUUACAAAACAAGCCAGCACCAAAGAGCUUGUGGAAAGAGGACCAGGAACUAGGCAGUGACACGUGAGUUCAUUUUUAGGGAAGUACUUAUUUUCUAUCUUAGAUAAUAUAGUUUUGGUUUGCACUGAUAUAAACCAGUAUGACCAGUAUAAACCAGUUUUUAAAAUGAGCAAUUCAAGAAAUUUUAAACGGCACAGGUGAAACAGCAGUUGUCUGUUAUGAGUAUUCAGAGGCUUUGAAAGUGAGCAAACAUAUGCAGUUUAUGAAAGGUGGUUCAGUUUUAAGAUACAUUUGAUAGAAUACUCACAUUAAGAGAGUGGUUCAGAAGAGACGUUUAAAAUUUGUUUUCAAACCUUUUGUUACAAACGAGUCUGAUAGACGUCUUAAGCCGUUUAGUCUGGACUUCAGUGACAUCACCUUAAAAUGUUCCACCAGUAUUGAUGAGCAGCACAAUGAAUAAAUUGUUUACACUUCUUUUUCUAAUGAAUUCAGAUUGGGCUGUUUUGACUGUGAAUGGAGAAUGUGAAUUAUGAAAGGAAUAUAUAAUAAUCCUCCAGGAACAUACUAUGCCAGUUAGAGCGCAGACGUCAUUCUUUAAUUACCUGUUAAGUGUUGGCAAACCCGGCUGUGGGUUUACUACAUGUGGAAUUACUACAUGUACAUUAAAGGCAGUGCAAUAAAUUUGUGAAUGUAUCCAA